AUGACCUCUGUGGCAGAUGCGCUUAACGCCAGCUUCUAUCGCCUUAAUGGCGAGGAGCUGCAGUUCUUCAAGUCUCAGACUGGGAUUCAAGACGAGGAAGAACUGAAGAAGCAUAUCAUGGAAGUCCAGCAGGAAGCAUGGGAAGUACAUCCCUAUCCGUGUAUCCGCGGAUUCGUAUUCACGAGACUCAAGAUUUCGCGUCUGCCUGCAUACCAGCAACUUUUGAAACUGGGCACGGAGCGCGAAGGAGCUAUAUUCCUCGACAUUGGCUGCUGCUGUCAGGUCGGCAAUGACCUCAGAAAAGCAAUCGCGGAUGGUUUCCCCGCCGAGAAUGCCAUUGCGUCUGACCUCUAUGCUGAAUUUCUGCAGCUUGGGCAUAAGCUGUUCAAGACCGCCCCUGAGACGUUCGCUGCACACUUUAUCCCGGGAAAUGCGCUCGACCAAGCGUUUCUCAAGACCGUCCCUCCGUUCUACUCGCCCCCAGAAACAGCGCGGCCCGACCUGAGUUCCCUGAACACGCUCAGCCCACUCGCAGGGCACGUCUCCGUGAUACACGCUUCGGAGCUGUUUCACCUCUUCGACGAGCCGCAGCAGCUCGAGCUCGCGCAUGCCCUCGCAGGUCUUCUCUCUCCAGAGCCCGGGUCGUUCAUCUUCGGCGAGCACGGCGGGAAGCCGGUGAAGGGCUAUCGCACAGAGGGUCGUCCGCGGCGCGACGGGACGUACCGGUUUUGCCAUUCGCCGGAGACGUGGACGGCAUUGUGGGACGGGGAGGUGUUUGCGAAAGGCACAGUGCGGGUUGAGGCGAGGCUUCUGGAGAUACAGGGGCUGGACCUUAACAUGGUGGCAGAUCCAAACACUGACGCAAAGUUCUGGAUCAUGCUGUGGUCUGUGACGCGUGUCUAG